AUAGACGCCAUUUCCAAACUUAGCUCAACACAAUAAUGCAUGAGAUUUUGCAGUUAUUAUCAAUAAUAACCCCAAAACUGUGGACUUUUGGUUCUUAAAAGUUGAUUCUUACUUCUAAAUUGAACUCAUUGCAAAGUGCAAACAUCCCAAUAUGACAAAUGCAAAAAGAAAAAGAGGAUGCUCAAUUCCAAACCGCAAUGGUUAUGGAGAAUUUCCCAUCCUCAAAGCAACCCUCUUUGUUCUCUUACUACUACUUUGUGCAUUAUGGUUCAAGAGAAACCAAUUAACCAUCCUGUGCCCUAACAAGACCAUGUCCGAGGCUAUCCAAGACCCUCCUGAAAAAACAUUCUACGACGACCCAACAUUGAGUUACUCCGUCGAGGAGCCAAUGAAGCAAUGGGACAAAAAGCGAAGCCACUGGCUACAACUUCAUCCUUCAUUUGCCGCUGGUGCAAGUGACCGGAUUCUUGUCCUCACGGGGUCACAACCAACGCCGUGCAAGAACCCAAUCGGCGAUCACUUGCUUUUAAGGUGUUUCAAGAACAAGGUUGAUUACUGCAGGAUCCACAACUGUGAGGUGUAUUAUAGCAACCUACAUCUGCAUCCCAAGAUGGAUUCUUAUUGGUCAAAACUUCCAAUUAUCCGGUCCACUAUGAUGGCCCACCCGGAAGUCGAGUGGAUCUGGUGGAUGGAUGCAGAUGCAGUUUUCAGUGACAUGGAGUUCAAAGUUCCAUUGGACCGUUACAAGGACCACAAUCUCGUGGUCCAUGGUUGGUCCAACAUGGUGUACGAUGAUAGUGAGAAUAAGAGUUGGACUGGACUUAACGCCGGGUCCAUCCUUGUUCGAAAUUGUCAAUGGUCCAUGGACUUAUUACACGUUUGGGCUCAAAUGGGUCCAUUAACAUCAAACUACGCAAAAUGGGGGAAGAUCUUAACAUCAAUAUUUAAAGAUAAACCGUUCCCUCUACCAGAUGAUCAAUCUUCGUUGAUUUAUUUGCUUUCGAGGCAAAGAAGAAAAUGGGGAGCGAAGACAUUUUUGGAGGAAGGUUAUGAUUUAGAAGGUUAUUGGAUUGCUACAAUGGGGAAGUUAGAGGGAAUACAAAAUAAGUAUGAUGAGAUAGAGAAGAAAGCUAGGGUUUUAAGGAGAAGGCAUUCAGAGAAGGUGAGUGUUUGGUAUGGUGAAAUGAGAGAGCCUUAUUUGAAAUGGAGUGAAAGGAGGCCGUUUGUUAAGCAUUUUACGGGGUGUCAGCCAUGUAGUGGGGAUCAUAACCCUAGUUAUAAGGGUGAUGUUUGUUGGAAAGAGAUGGAGAGGGCUUUGAAUUUUGCUGAUAAUCAAGUGCUUCGUAAUUAUGGGUUUGUGAGGAAGAAUCUUAUGACAUCUUCUGUGUAUGAAGUUCCAUUUGGAUAUCCAAGAGACUAGGCGUAGCUAGCAGGUUGCGGUGAAGGGCUUAAUUUGUUAACUAGGUUUGUUACUCUAGUCAUAUAAUGUAG